GAUAUUGGCCCAGAACCAUAUAUCUGUCAUGGCAGCUGGGACAUUUGAUUAUCUUAUUGGUUUGAAGCAGCUUGACAUAACAGAAAAUCCUUUGAUAUGUGAUUGUGAACUACUGUGGGUGGGAGACUGGGCUCGUAACACCAGCGUCAAACUCGUCGGCAAUCCAAAAUGCGCCUUUCCAGAGAACAUGGUCAACAAAACAGUGCGGAAAUUAAAAAUAUUCCUCGACCUAUCUGCCUGUGGGAGCAUGCUACCCUCAAGCACAUUGAUUAUGAAACCAAGCCAGGACCAAGUAGUUUUCGAAGGGGACACUCUUACCCUCUCUUGUAAUGCUCCAUUCGCGUCUGUUAUGGCAAAAUACGAGCUGAAAUGGUCACACCCAAUGCUGGAAGUGUGUGAUGUUAACGUCACCCACACAGAUAUGCAAGACGAGGGUAUAGCAGAAACAAUAGUGUAUUUCCCCAAUAUCACGCAACACCACAUGGGAGAAUGGACUUGCAUGUACAGUGACCAGAAUCAUAUACGACAUAAUUACACGAUACAAGUGUUGGUGCUGUCAAAUGGGACUCAGUAUUGUAGUACCAAUGAAAAGGAUUACACCGUCAACAAUAAAGGAUUGUACUCCUGGCCUCAAAUGCUGAUGAAUCAUACAGCUGUAGUGCCAUGCCGCAGUGGGGAAGGAAUGGCUUAUAGAUACUGCAACGAAAAUGGAACUUGGAGCUCUCCGAACACGACUGAGUGCUCCUACAUAAGUAACGUGACGAAGUUACUGCAACAGUUCGCGUUGUUGAACGUCAGCUUGGUACAGUACUCGGCGGUGAAUGCUACAGAGAGAUUGGCGAUGUUGAUACAAGAGAAAACAUAUCCGUUAGCAGAGAUAAAUGAUGCAGACGAUGUUAUGUUCAUAGCGCAAGCUGUUAGAAAUUACAUGCAGUACAUUGCUGAGGAGAAAGAUUUGGGUCCUGCCCUUCUGGACGUUAUAAGCUCAGCGAUGAACAUAUCCAUGCCAGUUCUGUCACAAGCGGAGACACUCUACGGAUCUUGCACAGAUAUGGUGCAAGCCGCUGAGGAGAUAUCCGCAUAUAUCAACAACGUGCAAGGCCAAAAGGUAUGGAAUUACAUACGAAGCCUUGAUUAAGUUUAAUGUUGUUAC